AUGUCGUCCAACAACCCUCGAGCUCGAACUCACACGCUCCCAGAUGACCGCGCCCUGUUCAUGUUGGGCAGAGUACCACGUCGCAAGAGUUCUAGCUCCUUGCCCGCAGCCGCUGCCCAGAGCCGCCGCCGAACCCCGUCAUCCGCCAGCCCUGGCGACGCACCACCGAGCAUCGCCGCGCCACCUGCCUCAUCUUCGCCCAGUGCUUCAGUCACCGCCUCGUCUACUUCAUCGCUCCCACCGCAACAUCCUCACCCUUCCCUUCCUUCUCUUCAAACCGCCGUCAACCCCGACACAGAUCCGACAAUAUCCCCCAUACAAGUCCCGGCUGUCACGCCGAUCGGCCCUUGGAGCGGCACUUUCCUCGACGCCGACCCGGACGGUGACGCUGACAGUGAAGAAGACUUCUUCGACGCCCCGGAGCCGACGUCCGACUCUGACAUCGAUACCAUUUCUGCACCCCUCCCCGAGCUGAGGCAACCGCGGCAGCUCACCGCAAGAAGCCAGUCCCUGUCGCAAUCAUCAAAACCGCCACGAGCCUCGCCGCAAUCACCGCUCUCAAAAGCUACUCAACACCAGCUUCCGCCACAAAGGGAGCACCCGACGAGUCUGCCGCCCCCGCCUCCGUCGUCAACCAAUAUCCGCGAUUCCUUCAUCUCUAUUUUGGACGAUCCUUUUUUCCAGCGAUACCACACGGCCGGAACCGACUGGUUUGGUGACGACGACAGUACCCUCCCCGGCCCUUCGACGCCUUCCCUACCCCCCGACCCUCCCGCCAUUUCGUAUACUUCGUCUCGCGUCGAUGCUGGUACCGCCAGCCCCGACCCCACCAGCCCCAAUACACAACACAACCCCGGCAAUGACAGGUCCGCCGGGCCUCCGUCUCGAAGGGAAUCCGCGACUGUAAACGACCAAGGUCUUAGGCCUCCACCUCCAAGGAAAAUGGCCACCGUCAACAUUGCCGUCAUCGGCGCCGAUGGCGUCGGCAAGUCGUCCUUUAUCCAACGAGCGAUGCGCCUGUCCAAGCCGCCAACCGGUGGCAUUACCGCUAUGCGUACCGACGUCGAUAACAAUCCGUUUAUCGUUGUCCUGAUCGAGCUGGAUCUCGAACAUUUCGACGUCGAUCCCAAACAGAAAAUCCACUGGCCCAAGCGAAUCAGUGGCCAUAUCGUGCCUCGCAUUGACGGCGCAUUGAUGCUCUAUGAUGUAAUGAACAAGGACAGCAUCCGAGAGCUCCCCCCCACCCUGUACGACUGGGGGGACACAACAGCGGCUCUGCACAAUUCCAACCUCCCUACCAUUCUUGUGGCCACCAAAUGCGACAACCCGGAAUCCGCCCGCCAAAUCAACGCCGAUGGCCUGGCCAACUUGUUCCCGUCCAUCCUCGCAGACUUUAAAACGUCCGCCAAUGUUUCGGGCAACACCCGCGACUGUCUGCAGGCGAUUGUCCUAGCCGCCGUGUACAACCGUCAAGGAGACAAGUCAAACAGCCACCACAACCACAAUCGCCACCAACACCACAAUACAUACUCGUCAUCAUCUGCCACCACAACAAAUACGAGUGCUCCCGCCACAACAACCGCGAAUACAAAUUCGACUGGCACGACGGCGUCAACCACCACCACGCGGCGACGUGCCGCCUCGUCCGCUGCCCACUUGGACGCCCCACCCGACCGCAUCAACGGUCGGCCCCAAAGUAGCGAACAAGGCAGUGGCAAACACAGUCGAGCGAGCUCUGAUCUGUCCCUGCUUCGAGGCGGGACGACGAGCACCUCUGGAGACCGGGACGGCUACUACCGCUCACAAAACUCUCGAUCCCCGCGCGUCGAUUCCCCCAACGCACAGCAACAAAUCAAUACCUCCAGUUUCGGAGCGGAAAUGACCGAUGAGAGAUCAGCCCAGUCGGUACAAGGCAUGCUACGGUCGACCGGCGUCCGGCUCGAUGCCGGGCAGGACUCGUUCCUUGACAUUGAAGAGUCCGAUGCCGAAUCCCUGCGCCGCUUCUCCGAGGACGUGCCCAUCCUCCAGCGCAAUGACGACAACAUGUUCGACAUACCUGCCAAGGCAGCUGGAAUUCCCUUCAACGACCUGGUCGAGCGCCUUCUUGCGGCUCCCAUGAACCGCGCCGACGCUAAUUUUUCUGACGUCUUCCUCUGCCUCUACCGCAAAUUCGCCGCACCACACGAACUACUUGCAGCCAUUAUCUCAGCCCUGACUAAAACUUGGGAGGACAAGUCUUCCCAUUUCCUCGAGCGCACCGCCACCCAGUUUCGUUACAUCGAGGUCCUCAACCGUUGGGUGUCGCUCUACCCGGGCGACUUUGCGCGUCCAGCGUCACGCAAGCAACUAGAGGUUCUCAUCUACCGCCUUGCCGACGAGCCCAUUUUCACUCUGUCUGCGCAGCAAAUCAAGAAGCACCUCGACAACGAUGUGGCCGAAGACGACGAUACAUGGUGGGCCAAGUGCGACGACCCGCCUCAGGAUGAGCCCACAGCUGCCGGUGCGACUCCAAGCAAGGAGCAGCCUCCUGCCGACAGCCUACGAUCUCUCACGCUCCAAAACUCGCAGUCCUCCGACCAGCCGUCCAGCGAAGCUGGUAGUGGCGGCGCUGGCGCCAGUACCAGCGGAAGUAGUGGCACGUUAGCUGCCACCCUCGGCUCGGGACGGGGGCUGGCACACUUCCAAUACCACUCGUAUGAGGACUACGAACGCGAGGCCGCUACCAUGGUGCCCAUGGCAACACUGCCUCUCAACAAAUUCCGCUACCACAUCUUCAUGGAUAUGGACGCCAACGAGGUGGCCGACGAGAUUACUCGCAUCGACUGGAUUAUGUUUAGCAGUAUCCGUAUUCGUGACCUCGUGCGCCACGUCUCUCUAUCCGCACAGGAGAAGGAACGGUGUCGCUCUCUCCGGAACAUGGACCGCAUGAUUUCACACUUUAACCAUAUCGCCAAGUGGGUAUCCAACAUGAUCCUUAUCCGCGACAAGGCAAAACACCGCGCUCCGUGCCUGCAAAAGUUCAUGGCCAUCGCCCUCCGUCUGCGCCAGCUGCGCAACUACAACGGCCUUGCCGCCAUGCUGGCCGGAAUUAACAGCACGGCUAUCCAUCGGCUCGCCCAGACGCGCGCCCUUGUCGACCCAGAUAUCCAAAAGAGCUUUGCACGCCUCGUCCUGCUCAUGAGCACACAAAAGAGCCACUUUGCCUAUCGAUUGGCAUGGGAGAACUCGCCACUGCCGCGCAUCCCCUUUAUGCCACUGCAUCGUCGCGACCUUGUCAGUGCCGAAGAAGGAAGCCGUACAUUUGUUGGCCCGCAGGGUGACCGCGUUAACUGGAAGAAGUUUGAGGUGCUAGGCGAGGUCCUGCUGCCUCUCAUGAAGAGCCAAGGCACACCCUACCCGAACCUCAAGAAGCACCAACCGUCACGCGAGAUGAUUCUCGACUGUCGCAUGCCCAUGGACGAAGAGGACAUCUACCAACGCAGUGUGCAGGUCGAGCCCACUGGCGGUGCUGCGGACCUCAAGAAGAAGUUCCCCUGGCUGCCGAAAUGA